AUGCUGAGAGCUUAUGUGAAUCCGAAACUAAUCUCCAAGACUAAGAUAACAUCAUCAUGUCUUUACCUGAAGAGAGGAAGUGCGAGUGGAGGGAGGGAAGAAGGAAGAGCUCCUUCGACAGCGGAGGAGUUCACGAGACAAGGUGUUGCUAGCAAGACUGUGGAGAAGGCGUACGACGGAGUAGAGGAGGUGGUCAACGUAUCCAGUGAUUCUGUGGCGGGGAUGGAGAAAGUGAGAAAGGAGUUUCAAGAGAAGGAAGAGAGUAGAGAGUACUAUCCUAAGAAGGGAGAUGAUGAUGGUUUGCCUAUCAACACGUCUAAAGGAACAUGA